AUGUCGGCUGCCACGGUAGCGGCCGUCAACGAUUCAACUUCGAUAGGCAACGCGAUUUCGGAUCUGAGUCAGUCAAUCGGGAACACAGCCACGUUACCCCUGACCUCGUAUGCUAACGUGGUGACAGGGAACCCUAGUUCCCAACCACCCCUGAAACAGCGAUGGAUCCCUGUGGGUGAGCAUGACUUGGUUCCAGGGACCUUCAACGGCGAACCCGAGCUCAAAGUCUCUGAUUCCCUGAGAAACAAGCUCAGUGCACCCUGGCAACGCACCCUCGUGGUUAGAUUGCUAGGACGCUCGAUUGGGUACUCUACCCUGUGCAAUAAGCUCAAGGCUCUCUGGCGUCCAACUAGCGCGAUGGAAGUGUUCGCUCUGGACGACGUCUGCUUCUUGAUCAAGCUCGGGAAUGACAAGGACUAUCUCAGUGCGCUGUCGGAUGGUCCGUGGGUUAUUUUCGAUCAUUAUUUGGUGGUUCAACAAUGGACACCCUUUUUCAGAGUUACGGACAAGCUUCCCAAUACCAUGGUGAUAUGGGUCCAAUUUCCGGGACUUCCAGUUCAUUUCUAUCACCAGGAGCUCCUGUUCGCGCUUGGUAAUAUGAUUGGGAGGGCGAUUAAACUCGACUUUCACACUCAACACCAACAGCGUGCCAAGUUUGCCAGAAUGGCUGUGGAGGUAGAUCUUUCGAAGCCCCUGGUGCCAAGAAUAAGACUUGACGGCAAAUGGCAAAAGGUGGAAUUCGAAAACAUCCCUGUUGUGUGCUUUGAAUGUGGGAAAGUUGGGCAUACUAAGAUCAUAUGCCCCACCAUCUAUAAGGAUCGGCCAAUAGCGGGGGUGCAGGACAGGUUGCCGGCUCCGGCGUCGGAGGUCGCUGCCGGAGAGGAAAGUCCUGAGGACGGUGCCGGAUUCGGGCCAUGGAUGCUAGUAACGCGGAAAUCUCGGCGGAAUCAAAGGGAGGUAGUGGGGCAAGGAAAGUCGGAUCAAAAACCCCAGUCCCCCAACGGUCACCAUACAUGGCACUCAGGGAAAGGGGAGGAAGAGGAAAGGGCGACGAGUGAAAACCUGCCCAAAAUACAGAAUGCGAAAUCGGGGAAAGUGGCGGGAAACUCUCCUGGGAAAAAAUCAGAGAACAAAAAAGGGAAGGGGGCGAUGGGACCUACGACAAACACAGCAGAGAAAGGGCUUCUCGGCCCGCGACCCAGUCUUUUGACUAUCUCCUCCAGGCCCACUAAAGCUACAAAUGAUCAUGAGGCCUCUUCUUCCAUGGGAAGUCCGCAAUCAGAGAAGCCCAAAGCUUCCAUAGAAGUCAAGACUCAAGUUGGGGCUGCUGCAGGUGGGUCGGCCCACACCAAGAAGAUAGGCCCAGGCCAGAAAGCUCCAACUGCUGCCUCGGCCCAGGCUAACUACCCCAUCGGCAAACAAAAGGACUAA